AUGAACGUUUCCGUUCUCCUUGGCCCUACUUGCACUAUAAUUCCGAUACUGACCGACGAGGACGUGGACGUGGACGUGGACAUGGACGUGGACUUGGUCGUGGUCAUGGACGUGGUCGUGGUCGUGGACCUGGACGUGGUCGUGGUGGUGGACAUGGACGUGGUCGUGGACAUGGACAUGGACAUGGACGUGGACGUGGACGUGGACGUGGACGUGGUCGUGGACGUGGAUGUGGUCGUGGAUGUGGACGUGGACGUGGUCGUGGUCGUGGACGUGGACGUGGACGUGGUCGUGGUCGUGGACGUGGACGUGGUCGUGGACGUGGUCGUGGACGUGGACGUGAUCGUGGACGUGGACGUGGACGUGGACGUGGUCGUAGACGUGGACGUGGACGUGGUCGUGGACGUGGACGUGGAGGUGGUCGUAGACGUGGUCGUGGAGGUGGUCGUGGACGUGGACGUGGACGUGGACGUGGUCGUAGACGUGGACGUGGACGAGUUCGUGGACGUAGACGUGGACCUGGACGUGGACGUGGACGUCGACGUGGACGUGGACGUGGUCGUGGACGUGGACGUGGACGUGGACGUGGUCGUGGUCGUGGACGUGGUCGUGGACGUGGACGUGGACGUGGACGUGGACGUGGUCGUGGACGUGGUCGUGGUCGUGGACGUGGUCGUGGUCGUGGUCGUGAACAUGGACGUGGACGUGGACGUGGACGUGGUCGUGGUCGUGGACGUGGUCGUGGACGUGGACGUGGUGGUGGUCGUGGACGUGGUCGUGGACAUGGUCGACGUGGUCGUGGUCGUGGACGUGGACGUGGUUGUGGACGUGGACCUGGACGUGGACGUGGACGUGGUCGUGGACGUGGUCGUGGACGUGGUCGUGGACGUGGACGUGGUCGUGGACGUGGACAUGGACGUGGACGUGGACGUGGACGUGGACAUGGACAUGGACGUGGACGUAGACAUGGACGUGGACGUGGACGUGGUCGUGGACGUGGAUGUAGACAUAGACGUGGACGUGGACGUGGUCGUGGUCGUGGACGUGGUCGUGGACGUGGUCGUGGACGUCGACGUGGUCGUGGUCGUGGACGUGGAUGUUGUCGUGGACGUGGACGUGGUCGUGGACGUGGACGUGGACGUGGACGUGGACGUGGACGUGGACGUGGACAUGGAGAUGGACGUGGACGUGGACGUGGACGUGGUCGUGGUCGUGGACGUGGUCAUGGACGUGGUCGUGGACGUGGACGUGGCCGUGGUCGUGGACGUGGACGUGGUCGUGGUCGUGGACGUGGUCGUGGACGUGGACGUGGUCGUGGACGUGGACGUGGACGUGGACAGGGACGUGGACGUGGACGUGGACGUGGACGUGGACGUGGUCGUGGACGUGGACGUGGUCGUGGACGUGGACGUGGACGUGGACGUGGAGGACGUGGACGUGGACGUGGAGGACGUGGACGACUUGGACGUGGACAUGGACGUGGACGUGGACGUGGACGUGGACGUGGACGUGGACAUGGUCGUGGACGUGGACGUGGACGUGGACAUGGACGUGGACGUGGACGUAGACAUGGUCGUGGACGUGGACGUGGACGUGGACGUGGACAUGGACGUGGACGUGUGA